UUUCCUCUGUCUAUAAGAAGGCCGUUCCUCAUUUUAGUUUCUCAUUCAAUUCCCCAAACAGAAAGAGAGAGAGAGAGAUGGGAGACCAAACCCUUUUUGUCAAGCUGAGCCUGAUGUUCUCCAAGGUGAAAGCGUAUUUGGGCAUUGUCUCCCUGCAGUUCGGCUAUGCUGGCAUGUACAUCAUCACCAUGGUUUCUUUGAAGCAUGGGAUGAAUCACUACGUACUUGUAGUGUACCGACAUGCAGUAGCCACUCUUGUGAUCGCGCCUUUCGCACUUGUUCUUGAAAGGAAAGUAAGGCCAAAGAUGACACUCUCAACCUUCCUAAAAAUAAUGGUGCUUGGCUUCCUAGAGCCAGUGCUUGAUCAAAACUUAUACUAUGUGGGGAUGAAGUAUACAUCAGCAACCUUUGCUUCUGCCACUGUCAAUGUCCUCCCUGCUAUUACUUUCAUACUGGCAAUUAUCUUCAGGUUGGAGAAAAUUAAUAUUAAGAAGAUACCCAGCCAAGCUAAGGUGAUCGGAACCUUAAUCACAGUCACAGGAGCCAUGGUGAUGACACUGUACAAAGGUCCCAUCAUUGACUUUAUACACACACGAGGAAUAAGCCACCAUGAAUCCUCCAGUGAUCCCUCGGCAGGCCAAAAUUGGGCCACCGGAACCCUAAUGCUCCUAGGCAGCUGCUUUGGUUGGUCUGGUUUCUUCAUAUUGCAAUCAUUUACACUGAAGCAAUACCCAGCGGAGCUCUCUCUCACAGCCUUGAUAUGCUUUAUGGGGACGGUGCAAGGAGCGGCCGUGGCACUUGUGAUGGAACGCGACAAAGCUGCUUGGGCAGUAGGCUUCGACUCCAGAAUCUUGGCUGCAGCUUAUUCUGGGGUAGUUUGCUCUGGAAUUGCAUAUUAUGUGCAAAGUCUAGUGAUCAAAGAACGAGGCCCCGUGUUUGUAACUGCUUUCAGCCCUCUGUGCAUGAUUAUCACUGCAGCUCUGGGGUCCUUCAUUUUGGCCGAGAAACUCCACCUGGGAAGUAUACUUGGAGCGGCCGUGAUAGUCGUAGGCCUUUAUUCGGUGGUGUGGGGCAAAAGCAAGGAGGCCAGAAGCUCAGCAUCACAGGCGCCGACAGAUGAGAAAGCAGGUGGGAGCCAUGAAUUGCCAGUUGCAAGCAGCACUAAACCAAGCAUUGUCCAUAACAACAAUAUGGAAGGAGAUGGUGGAAUGUUGAAGAUUCGCGUGUCAGAGGCAUCAUCAAUGAUUGAAUGAUCAUGAAUUUUAAUGUACAUUAUUCUGCCAAAGGGUCGCCCAACUAUCAUCCAUAAACCCUUGUCUCUCUCUCUCUAUGGGUAUAGCUAUCUAUCUACUUUAGUUUUGCAAGCAAUUAAUGCCAGUUGAACUUUCCCAUAUGGGCAGGUGAAGUGAAACUACUUUAUUCUGAUUAGUCCCC